GAGUUUGAUGACUCGAUGGGGCAAGCUCCGGUUAAGAUGAGAAGAUGAUGGGAGGAAAGCAAUACUGGAUUGCAAGAGGUGUUGAAUGUUUUAUUAUUUUCCUGUGCAUUCUUAUCCAAUCGAUUUCUGCACAAGAAGGCUUUGUGAGCAUCAAAUGCUGUGCUGCAUCAAAUUCUAAAGAUAGCAACAACAUAACUUGGAUAUCAGAUGCUGGAUGGUUCCCAAUUAAUGCAAAAAAUUGUAAGAAUAUAACCACAGCAAGAGCGAAUUAUACAGGCUAUGAUAUAGUUCGAUUUUUUGACAAACCAGGGAAGAUAUGUUAUGACAUACCAACAACCAAGGACCAGAACUAUCUGAUAAGGAGUACAUUCCUUCAUGGAGAUUCAGAGGGAUCUUUGGACUUUUCCUUUGAUGUUUUGAUUGGUGUCACGCGAAUAAGCACAGUGAACUCACUUGAGGAUUUGGUGUUGGAGGGCACUUUUAGAGCUACUAAUCAGUAUAUAGAUUUCUGCUUAGUGCAUAACAAGGAACAUCCUUACAUUUCACAGCUCGAACUCAGACCUCUAGAAGCUUCCAAAUAUUCAGAGGGAAGCAAUCCUAAUGUUUUGAUAUUGGUUAGCAGGAUUGAUCUAGGAAACGAAGGAGAAGCUAUCAGGUACCCAGCUGACCAAUCUGAUAGAAUUUGGUUACAUCCUGACCCCACAGUUAACAUAUCACUGGAUGCAACAACAGCAAGAUCCAAUACUUCUGUCUACAUUGUUAAUACAACAGUGCCUCAUAAAGUUCUUCAAACAGCACUAACACACACGGACAGAUUGGAGAUCAUACAAAAACUUGAUACAGAGGAUAAGAACUACACUUUGUUCCUAUACUUUCUGGAGCUCAAUUCCUUUGUACAAAAAGGACAAAGGGUGUUUAAUAUCUUCAUUAACAAUGUGAUUCACCAUGGACAAUUUGACAUACAGGCCAAUGGAUCAAACUAUACGGAAGUUGCAUUAAAUGUCACAGCAAAAGGGUCUCUCAAUUUGACCCUAGUCAAGGUAAAAAAUGAGUUUGACUUCGGACCUGUUUUAAAUGCCUACGAGAUCCUACAGGUGCAGCCAUGGCUUCAAGGAACGAACCAGCGAGAUGUGGAUGCAAUAGAGAAGGUGAAAUAUGAACUGCUUUUGCAAAACAAGAAAAAUCAAUUGUUGCAAAGUUGGUCAGGAGACCCAUGUCUCCCUCUUUAUUGGAAAGGUCUAACAUGCCAAAACAUGAACGGGUCCCAAGUGAUCGCCAGAAUGGAUAUUUCCUCCAGUCAACUACAUGGGCCACUUCCGGCUAGUAUUACUAAGCUGUCCAACCUAAUACAACUGAACGUUAGCUACAAUCACUUCACUGGUAGGAUACCACAAUUCCUAUCAUCCUCCAAGUUAACAUCAGUGGAUCUAAGCCACAAUGAUCUUAUUGGAUCUCUUCCAGAUUCGUUGACCUCGCUUCCAAACUUGACAACACUAUAUUUUGGCUGCAAUCCUCGUUUCAGCAAAGAGCCUCUUUCCAGUUUUAAUAGUUCAAGACUUGCUACAGACUACUGGGCAUGUGCUAGGCAAAGAUCAGCACGUAAAAUACAAGGAAUUGUCAUAGGCACUGUUGCAAGUGGAUCCUUCCUAUUAGCAGUUGGAGUUGCUUUGGUUUGCAUCUACAAACGAAAGUUCAUAGCUUUUGGAAAAUUUGAUGGAAGGCCACACCACAUGACAAAGAAUGCCAUUUUCUCUAUGCCGAGCUCAGAUGAUGUUGCUUUGAAGUCGAUCACUAUUCAAAUGUUUACUCUAGAAUAUAUAGAGAAUGCCACCCAGAGGUAUAAAACCUUGAUAGGUGAAGGCGGCUUUGGAUCGGUAUACCAGGGCAGACUACUUGAUGGUCAAGAAGUGGCAGUGAAGGUCCGGUCAUCCACCUCAACACAAGGAACUCGGGAAUUUGAGAAUGAGCUAAACCUUCUUUCAUCUAUACGUCAUGAGAAUCUGGUGCCCCUACUUGGUUAUUGUUGUGAAAAUGACCAACAAAUUCUUGUUUAUCCAUUUAUGUCCAAUGGCUCACUACAAGAUCGCCUGUAUGGGGAAGCAGCAAAAAGGAAAACUCUGGAUUGGCCAACCAGACUUUCUAUUGCUCUCGGUGCUGCUCGAGGUUUGACACAUCUUCAUACAUUUGCUGGCCGUUGCAUUAUACAUAGGGAUGUAAAGUCAAGCAACAUACUUCUAGACCAAAGCAUGAAUGCAAAGGUGGCAGACUUUGGCUUCUCAAAGUAUGCUCCUCAGGAAGGGGACAGUGGUGCUUCUCUGGAAGUAAGAGGCACAGCUGGAUACUUGGAUCCAGAGUACUAUUCAACGCAGCAUCUAUCAGCAAAAAGUGAUGUCUUCAGCUUUGGGGUGGUGCUACUUGAAAUGGUUAGCGGUCGGGAGCCUCUCAAUAUCAAAAGGCCACGAAAUGAAUGGAGCUUGGUUGAAUGGGCAAAACCCUUUAUAAGGGAGUCAAAGAUUGACGAAAUUGUGGAUCCUGGCAUAAAGGGAGGGUAUCAUGCAGAGGCAAUGUGGAGAGUAGUGGAGGCUGCAUUGGCAUGCAUUGAGCCCUUCUCUGCUUAUCGACCAUCCAUGGCUGACAUUGUUAGGGAGUUGGAGGAUGCUUUGAUAAUAGAAAACAAUGCAUCUGAAUAUCUUAAGUCCAUAGACAGCAUAGGGGGGUACAGCUUGGGAGGUUCCAAUCGCUAUUCAAUAGUCACAGACAAGAAGAAUAUUCUACAACCACCCACUCCGACCCCAACAGAACCUUCACCAAUUAACACACAACCCUUGGCUCCUCCAGAACCAAGAUAGUAGAAGGGUUCAUGAGAUGUUAAUUGGUGAAUUAUAGUCAACUGGUGAUAGAUGACCAUAGCAAAACAUAAAAGGGGAAAAUUGAGGAUGAUUCCCAAUGCUCCUUUAUGAGAUCAACUGUUCAUUCCAUUUACUUCAAGUUUUUCACUUUUCCCCUAAAUAUCAAGUUAAGGAAUCUACCUUUUUGAAAAAAUUUUAAAUGAUGCAGUAUGGGUUUUCAUUACAUCUGAGUACAAUUACACAAAUUAGAAUAAAUUGCUAAAGAGUGUAAAUCGUAGAUCAUUAUCAGUCCAGACAGCAAGAGAUACAAACCGCAGUCUAAGCAUCCAACAUUGUUCAGUUUAAUCACAAAAGCCUGUUAAAUAACUUAUUUUCUGAAUUAAGAUUUACAUCUUCAAGUUCAUCCCAAUAACCUUAAGGGAAAAAAGAAUAAUGACUUGAAACAAUUUGGUACUUCAUGGCAAUAUGUAACACAAAACAAUAGUAUCUAAUAAACAUGAUAGGAGUUUCUCAGAACUAGAGAUCGAAUAUUUAGAGUAUUCAAGUGGAUUCCAAAUUCCUAUAUUGUCCAAUUUAUCUAUAAUGCUAAGAUCUUACUGGCUUUUACAGUAAGAGAGGGAAAAACAGCAUGAUAGAUUCUAUAUUGAUGACAUGAAGUAAAUGAGGCUCAUGGAAAAUAAUGAUUUUUGAAGAUUAUAAACGUGAGUGGUUCCAGUAGAAAACAAGACCUUUGGCUUUCUUGUAUGGCAACUUGUUACUUUGGAGCAUAUCCAAUUAUUUGAUUUUCAAAAAAUAAUAUUCCAUAUGCAUUGUAUUGUUAAUCACCUAAGCCCUCUGAAAGAAAAGGUGAACAAGGAAUUCUCAUGUUCAUGUGUUUGUUUGUCCUUUCUUUUACUUUGUUGGACUUUUUUCACGUACUUAGACGAACCCUCAAACAGUUUUGGCUUGCAUUCAUGUGCGUGUUCAUGUCCACAACGAUGAUUGUCAAGGUCAUGUUCCAUCAUUGCAAUGAUUCAAUGUUAAAGAACUAAAAGGUCAAUUGGAACAAAUGUAAACAUGGCGGUUUACUUUUGACUUUCACAACUUCUAGCUAUAUUCAUGAUUAAUUGAAGAGUUAAUG